CCUCUCCCCAGAAGCCCCGGCGCUCCAGCUGCCGCGGUCUCGGGCUUCCAGCCCGCAGUCCCCGAGCCGACGGCUUCGCGCUGCCCGGGGGCCGGGGGUGCGCGUGACUCUCGUCUGCCUUGCGAAGAGUCUGCAGCCGAGGGCACGGAAAGGGGACGCCCCGGCCUCGGGGCCACUGCCCUCGCUUUCUCUUCGUUGUCGCGAACACCGUCCGCCCGGGAGACGCCCCGUGACCGGCGCGAUGAGUGCCAACGAGGACCAGGAGAUGGAACUGGAGGCAUUACGUUCUAUUUAUGAAGGAGAUGACAGUUUCCGGGAAUUAAGUCCAGUUUCAUUUCAAUAUAGGAUAGGUGAAAACGGUGAUCCCAAAGCCUUCUUAAUAGAGAUUUCCUGGACAGAAACAUACCCCCAGACACCUCCAAUCAUAUCUAUGAACGCCUUUUUCAACAACACCAUCUCAUCAGCUGUAAAGCAGAGCAUAUUAGCCAAGUUACAGGAAGCUGUGGAAGUUAAUCUUGGGACCGCCAUGACCUACACGUUGUUCGAAUAUGCCAAGGACAACAAAGAGCAGUUCAUGGAGAAUCACCGUCCCUUUCAUUCUACGACGUCCAUAAGCAACAUGAUCUCCGUUGAAACUCCUAGCACAGCCCCAUCAAGUAAGAAAAAAGACAAAAAAGAACAGCUUUCAAAAGCCCAGAAACGUAAGCUGGCAGAUAAAACAGAUCACAAAGGAGAACUUCCCCGAGGAUGGAACUGGGUUGAUGUGGUGAAGUUAAGCAAAACUGGCUCGAAAGAGGAUGAAUAGCGCUUGGAAUGAGACACGGGAAGAGCAUCCUUUAAACAGUAAACUGGGUUCAGAAUCUUUCAUUAGUCUUUUCUGGUGUUGAGGUGGCUUUUUAUAAAACAAUUUUUUGGUAUGUUUCUUAUGUAAGAAAAAAUGUUUUAAGCUAAAAGUUCAUGCAGAGAUGUGGUCGUAUUAAAUUAUUUUCACAAACUUGCCUUAAUAAAAGGUGAAAAUGUUACUGUUUAGUAUACUUUAUGAAGCCAGUUGGGCUUUUAAAUGGACAAAUAUGGGGAAUUAUAAAUAGCCAGUGUUAAUUUGUAAGAUCUCAUUCUAGUGGAUGUGGUUUUUUUUUUUUUUUAAAGGAGUAUGAAGCUCUUUUCAGAUUCUCAUGCCAAUGGAACCAAGUGUUGCAUGAGCAGUUGGUCCACAGAAUGGCCCAUAUUAAUAGGUUUUUUAACUCUUAAGUCUUCAUCCCUUCUCUCUCUUAAUUACUGAAGUAUGAAUUGCUUCAGAGAAAUUUAAAUACUAGUAUUUGAACUUUAUACAUAAUAUUCUUUGUAGUUCCUUUUUUUAUUUUUUAAGGGUGAACUGCUUUUUAAUAAAUGAAUAUCCAUUUAUACUUGUCUCUUUGGGUCAUGACAUUUGAUUGUGGGAGCUUUCAGUGGUGUGUGGAAUAGGAGAAAGGAAAAAAAUAAAACAAGUCUGCCAACUACAUUAGAAAGCAUUGACUAGAAGUGCUGGUUCCUAUUCAAAGCAUUUCUCUUUGCUGCCUAUAUCAAGAUGGGAGUGAAAGAUGCCUUAAUAUUUAAUUUUUGUACUGUUAGAGACAGUGGUUUUAAUAAAGUCCUAUUUAUCUGUUGUGUAUUUUUCGUUGUUUGGUAACUGAGUUCUUCUAAGUGGUUUAACAUAAUACCACUGUUCAAGCCUUGUUUGUUUUCAGGUAUCCAGCCCAAGCAUCUUUGUAAAAAUAGACAUGGAAGUCUUUGAAAUGCUGAACUGUAGUACACGCUUGAUUGUUUUUUACGUCAUGCAUAGUGUAAUUUUACCAGGAAGUUGUCGGUGUAUGUGUGAUUUACAGUGAUUCCGUACGUGCCCCUCGCUUUACAAACGCUUAGAACUGUUGCUGUGGUACCUGGAGGGGUCAGCUGUUGGGUCUUCAUGUUAUACCUGUGUGGCUUGGGUCUGAGUUUUUAAAGAAUAGAUCACUUUUAAAGACGUCUCCAUAGCAAAAGAGCAGUCUGAGUUGUAUCCAUAUUUUUUGCUGGAUUAACAUUGGCGGCUGCAGCUAAAUCAUCUGAAUUUAUAAAGUGAGCAUAGUUAUGGUGAAGAAGUUCAGUGUCUUUUAAAUACCAAAUCACGUUUUGUUUCUUGAAUUAAUACGAUAGAAACAUCAAAAUUCAGGACCCCUGGAAUGUGCCGGCCUUUGUUUUGGGGUUGUGUGUGUAGCUUUUGUCGUGUUGAUAGCAGGUGUCGUGCUACACAUGCUAGGGGAAGAGUGCUUCGUUUCGCUCUGAAGACUCCAGAAUUGUUCAGGCAUGUUGUGGUUCACAGAUUACAAAGAAUCAUGCAAGUAAAAUGCCAAUGAACUAUUUUUACUCUUUUUAUAUGAAAUGUCCAAAUUUCGGGAGGGGUGAUGGUGGCAAUGGUGCCUCUUCCUACCUUCUGUCAAACACUUGAACAUUCUUGUCAGUGUUGCCAUCAUCUGUUUAAUGCUCCCAGUAUAUUUUCUCAAAGCCUGUUUACUUCAAAUUGUGUGGAAUGAUACAAUUAAUAAGCAAUAAAAUCUGAAUUACACACAG